AUGUCGUCGCCCAAAAAUGAAGAAGUUGUGCGAAUCAGCGCCAAUGAGUACUGGCAAGAUAUCAAAGAUGAAUACCUCCAAAAACUUGCCAGUACGGACCCUGCUGAAAUCUACCCUAGCAACAAUCCGGGACCGGAAACUGCCGAUGGUAAAGUGAAUUUCGAAUGCCAUUGCGUAGGACACCUUGUUGCGAGUCCGUGUGGUUUUGAAUUUCGGGAAGUAAUCACUUGCCAGAAAAGCAGCAGUGAAGAUCAGAUGGAACAGGGAGCUUGUGGCAAAGAACUGCUAUCUUUUAUGGAAUGUGUGACACGGACGCAAUGCUUCGGAUCCAGUGGAUCUCCUGACAAAUAUAGCCAAUAA